AUUAGCUCAUAGUCAGAAGUCUUAGUAAAGGGAACAGGUAACUUUUGGCUAUUGUCUUUUACAUAGAAGCCUACCAGGGACAGGAGGUGCUGCAGGAUUCCCAGGUGGGAAAAUGAAGAGAGUCUUGGUUUUCCUGCUUGCUGUAGCAUUUGGACAUGCUCUUGAAAGAGGCCGAGAUUAUGAGAAGGAUAAAGUCUGCCAGGAACUGGCUAGUCUGGGAAGAGAUGACUUCAGAUCUCUGUCACUAGUCCUAUAUAGCAGAAAAUUUUCCAGUGGUACAUUUGAACAGGUCAGCCAACUUGUGAAAGAAGUUGUCUCCUUGACCGAAGACUGUUGUGCUGAGGGGGCUGACCCUGACUGCUACGACACCAGGACCUCAGCACUAUCUGCCAAGUCCUGUGAAAGUGACUCUCCAUUCCCAGUACACCCAGGAACUCCUGAAUGCUGUACCAAAGAGGGGCUUGAACGGAAGCUCUGUAUGGCUGCCCUGAAACACCAGCCACAAGAAUUUCCUACCUAUGUGGAGCCAACAAAUGAUGAAAUCUGUGAAGCAUUCAGAAAAGAUCCAAAGGGAUUUGCUGACCAGUUUUUGUAUGAAUAUUCCAGUAAUUAUGGACAAGCUCCUCUGCCACUUUUAAUUGGUCACACCAAGAGUUAUCUCUCUAUGGUAGGAACCUGCUGUACCUCCGCAAGCCCAACUGUAUGCUUUUUGAAAGAGAGACUUCAUAUGAGACAGUUCUCUCUUCUUACCACUAUGUCAAAUAGAGUUUGUUCACAAUAUGCUGCUUAUGGAAAGGAGAAAUCAAGGCUCAGUCAUCUCAUCAAAUUAGCCCAGAAAGUGCCYACUGCUGAUUUGGAGGAUGUUUUGCCACUAGCUGAAGAUAUUACUAGAAUCCUCUCCAAAUGCUGUGAGUCUACUUCUGAGGAUUGCAUAGCCAAAGAGCUGCCUGAACACACAGUAAAAAUAUGUGACAACUUAUCCACAAAGAAUUCUAAGUUUGAAGACUGUUGUCAAGAAAAAACACCUAUGGACAUUUUUAUGUGCACUUACUUCAUGCCAGCUGCCCAACCACCCCAACUGCCAGAUGUCCAGUUCCCCACAAAUAAAGAUGUGUGUGAUGCAAAAAACACCAAAGCCAUGGAUCAGUAUGCAUUUGAACUAAGUAGAAGGACUCACAUUCCAGAAGUAUUCCUCAGCAAAAUACUCACACUAACCCUGAAAACCCUUAGUGAAUGCUGUGACUCUCAAAAUCCUGCUGCUUGUUUUGUKACUAAGGGUUCUCUAAUGAAGAGGAAACAAUCUCUUUUCCUUGACAAGGGACAAGAAUUGUGUGCAGAUUAUUCAGAAAACACAUUCACUGAGUACAAGAAAAAACUAGAAGAGCGACUAAGAGCAAAAAUGCCUAACGCCACACCCAUGGAGCUGACAGGGGUGGUUGACAAGCUUUCAGACUUUGCCUCCAAGUGCUGUUCCAUAAAUUCACCUCCUCUCUACUGUGGCUCACAGAUUGAUGCUGAAAUGAAAGACAUACUGGAGGCCGAUGUGUUUAUCUUAUCUUAGACCUACCACAGGAACCACCCUGAAGGAUGACCUCAGAUGGCCAAACCUAAGCAAACCACCAAGCUCCUAGGGCGAACACGAGGAUACUCCUUUAACCAGCCACAGUGUCUUCAUACAAAUGAUAAACAUGAUGAUUUGCUAUCAGAAUAAAUCGAAAUAUAAUGCAAACCCAAAACGCAACUGAGAAUGAACUGUUGUGCACUGAACAGAACUGUUCCUGUGUCUUUCACAAUGAUGCUGUGGUAGGCAGCCUCAGCCUCACGAGCCUUCACUUUUUACUAGAUCUCUGCUGUUUCUCUCUAAAAGACUCACAAUAUAAAUCAUCCACUUUACAAUUCCCAACACACUGAACUCCACUCCUUGAUUGCUUCUUGGGCUUAGUAGGUGCCAUUAAAGCCAACUUUCUACUGAAAACAGCUUUGAGAUAUUUCACUUCUUAAAAACAAAACAUCUCCUGAGACCACCUUCUUGCUCACAGCUGUGUGGCAUUAAUUACGUAGUUCUGCCUUGCAAAAAGAAAAAUCUUUGUGGUCUGAAUAAGAUUUUGUUUUUGUUUUCUGUCUUUGCUAAAAACUCCUGAGGGCAAUUUACGGAAACAAAGUUUCAGAACAUGACAAUUUUUCAGCUUAAUUUACUUUAUAUAUGAAAAUACAUGCGAUUUUUCUAUAUGCCUUUUUUUGCCCAUGGAAAAUGAAGGUACUUUAUUCUAUAUUUCUGUUUUGGAAGAACAAGGAAAACCUUUUCUAUGAGUAAAUAGUAUCAGGGAAUUUGAAUUCACCUGUUGGCAGAAGGAAGGUUAUAUAGUAAUGGUCAUACAUAUUUCAUGGUGAAUAUACUCAGAGUCAAUUUAACCAGAAUCAUCACUUGUCACUUCCAAGAGACAAAGUCCCAGCAAGGAGCAUUUCAUUAACAGAGCCAAGGUCAAGGGCCCAAGGCAAUAGUGUUGGGGGCAGGCCCCAAAUGGUUGUAGUUAGGCUCCUUUGUACAGGCUUCCAGGGAGCUAGGUUAUGCAUUUAGUGUGUGAUAAAGCUAUGAAUACACAAUGUUAUGGUCAGUGUGUAGUGAAGAUCAGAAAUUUUGAUUCAGGGUAUAUACUCCAGGUCAUCAACACUAACUUGUGAGUACCCAUCCUUAUGUAAACUGUUGGCAAUGUGCCUUCUUUGUUUGGCCUGCAUAUAGAACAGGGCCUAUGGAAAAGACUCAGGGCUAAAUGGGAGCAAAUAAGGGGCAAAAAAUUGGAACUGGCUGGGGGCUAAAGUGGAAGCUAGAGACUGGAGACUACUACUUCCUCUGAAUAAGACAUGUCUACCAUCCCAACUUCGAUUUUCAUCUUCUUCCACCUGUUGAAUCCUGAACUUUGUUUCCUGGGUCUGAGACCCUACAUGACAAAUGGCUAGGAAAUAAAAAACCUGCUCAUUUGCAGCUUCUAUAGUAAAAGGCACAGCUCUGCCUCCCACAAUGAUCCCAAACUGGGAAAUUAACCUCAACUAGAGAAAUUCUGCAGAUGCCAUGGAGUUCAAAAGCAACAAACUGUCCACACAUAAUGAGGCAGCCCUUUUGAUAUUUUUUAAAAUUAUCUUUUACUGAAAAAUUACAUCACUGAAGCUUCUAGCAAUUCUGAGGAGUAGAUACCAUUGCUAAAAUAUGAGAAGACAGACUCCAAAAAGGUGAAAUCAUACCAAAGUUACCAAAGAACAAAACAGGAAUUUACCUUUUAAUUCUAGCAAUUCGUGGAAGGUUAGUAGGCAUAACUGAAGAAAGAGUUCUUUAAUUGAAUAAUUUUGGAAACAUAACAUUGUAUAUCACUCAGAGAGUCCCAAUUUACUUUAUAUAAAUUCAGUGUUUUGAAAUUUAUUUAACCACUAACCUCCCUUGUGUUAGUACUUUCCAAAAUCAUUCCCUUUUGAAAUCAAUUUUGGAAAAUUCUGCUGUGUUCUUA